GUUGUCUCAUCGCCACACUCUGCCAUAUGCCACUUUUCCAGAUCUCCUCACACACUGCUGUGUUCAAUUUUUUGACACCCUCUAGGUGCUGGCAGAUUACGUGCCUUCCCAUAGCUGCUGCCAGGCCCCUAAUCUGCCAUGGGCCCCUAUAUACCGCCUCCCUCAUGCUGCUACGCCAGGUCCCAGAGUCUCGUCCAUGAGGACCGCUGUAACGGCCCUCCCAUUGCUGCUGUCUCCAUCGCCACACUCUGCCAUGUGCCCACUUUCAGGUCUCCUCACACACUGCUGGUGUGUAGAAUUUUUUUGAC